AGAACCAAUCAGCCCCCCUGUCAAAUCAAACCAUCCUGUGUUGGCAUCCUAUGGUUGGCAUGAAUCCCAGCAUUCAUGUUGCUGCUGCACACACUCCUCGUCCACCUCCUUGCUUGGUUAAAUAAUGCGAUCAACAGGCCAGGGGGGGCUCAACCAAUGAAAAAGUGGGAGUGCUGAACCGUGCAAGCUGAUUGGCUGUCCUGGCCCUAAACAGACUGUGAGCGAGCCUGCAGAUCGGGGAUUAGAGAUGAUAUAGGCCAGUCUGCAUCUGUCUCCACAAUGGUUGUUCCUGAAUCCCAGGAAAAAAUGUACUACCCUCCUGAUGACCUGAAGAGGGAUGCUCAUGUACCGGAUUUUAACUCCUAUCUGGCACUGUACAGGAAGUCUCUUGAGAAUCCAGAAGCUUUCUGGAAAGAGAUUGCAGAUGAGUUCUUUUGGAAGAAGCCAGCAACGGGACCAUUGCUGCAGUACAACUUUGAUGUGACAAAAGGGAACAUUUAUGUCAAAUGCAUGGAAGGGGCCAAAACCAACAUGUGCUAUAAUGUCCUGGACAGGCUUGUGAAGGAGAAGAACUUUGGUGAAAAGGUUGCCUAUUACUGGGAAGGAAACUCACCUGACCACCACAUGGCCAUCACCUACAGCCAGCUGCUGAGCCAGGUCUGCCGCUGUGCUAAUGUUCUCAAGAAAAUGGGUGUAAAAAAGGGAGACAGGGUUUCCAUCUACCUUCCCAUGAUCCCCGAGCUCGUCUACACCAUGUUGGCCUGUGCAAGGAUAGGUGCUGUUCACUCCAUAGUGUUUGCAGGAUUCUCCUCUGAGUCUCUGUGUGAGAGGAUAAUCGAUGCUUCCAGCAGCGUGCUGGUGACGGCAGAUGGUGUUUACAGAGGAGAGAAGCUGAUCAACCUGAAACAGAUUGCAGACGAGGCGCUGGAGAAGUGCCGGGAAAAAGGGUCAUCUUCUGUCACUAAAUGCCUCGUGAUCAAGCACCCGGCACUCAGGACAAAAAGUGGAGCUGCAUGCAACAAACUUCAGACUCCCUGGGACUCGGACUGUGACGUGUGGUGGGACGAGGCGAUGAGAGACUCUCCUGAAGAGUGUGAACCUGAGUGGCUCGACGCUGAAGACCCGCUGUUUAUCCUCUACACCAGCGGCUCCACCGGCAAACCCAAGGGUGUUCUCCACACAGUUGCCGGGUAUCUGCUCUACACGUCGCUGACCUUCAAGUACGUUUUCGACCAUCACCAUGACGACGUGUACUGGUGCACCGCAGAUAUCGGCUGGAUCACUGGACACUCCUACAUCACCUACGGCCCGCUGGCCAACGGAGCCACAAGUGUCCUCUUUGAAGGUAUCCCAGUUCACCCUCAUGUCGGCCGGUUUUGGGAGAUCAUUGAGAAAUACAAAGUCACCAAGUUCUACACAGCGCCUACAGCCAUCCGCCUGCUGAUGAAGUACGGUCGGGAGCCGCUGCAGAAGUACGACCUCUCCAGCCUGAGGAUUCUGGGUACUGUUGGAGAGCCGAUCAACCCGGAGGCGUGGCAGUGGUACCACGAGGUCGUCGGUCAGGGCAGAUGUCCCGUCGUCGACACUUUCUGGCAGACAGAGACCGGAGGUCAUGUGUUGACUCCUCUGCCUGCUGCCACGCCUCUGAAGCCAGGCUCUGCUACCUUCCCUUUCUUCGGGGUAGAGCCCGCAAUCCUCAACGAACACGGGGAGGAACUGGAAGGCGAGGCUGAGGGUUAUCUGGUAUUCAGGAGGCCUUGGCCUGGCAUAAUGCGCUCAGUGUACAGAAACCACGAACGCUUCGAGAACACAUACUUCAAGAAAUUCCCGGGCUUCUAUGUAACUGGUGAUGGUUGCAAGCGGGAUAAAGACGGAUAUUACUGGAUCACAGGAAGAAUAGACGACAUGCUGAAUGUGUCAGGCCACCUGAUGAGCACGGCGGAGGUGGAGGCGGCGCUGACGGAGCACCCGGCGGUGGCGGAGGCUGCGGUGGUGAGUCGGCCUCACGCGGUGAAGGGAGAGUGUCUGUACUGCUUCGUCACCCUGAAGCACAGCCGGGAGUUCAACCACACGCUGCAGGACGAGCUCAAGAGACUGGUGAGAGAGAAAAUUGGACCAAUCGCCACGCCGGACUUCAUUCAAAACGCUCCGGCACUCCCGAAGACUCGCUCAGGAAAGAUCAUGAGGCGGAUCCUCCGGCAGAUCGCCCGCAACGAGAAGGACCUGGGCGACCUCUCCACCCUGGCCGACCCCAAGGUGGUGGAGGAGCUGUUCAGCCAGAGAUGUGAAGCUGCAGCCUAAACACCUUCCUCCUCCUCCUCUUCAUGCAAUAGAUGAAGACCAUCGCAAACUGCUGCUUCUCGAUCAGCGUCUGUGCACUCUAUGGGACUGAAUGAAAGGGCUGGGAUCAGACACUGAGUCGUUUUAAAUUUGUUUUAUGUAGAUAAAGUAGAAUGACAAUUGGUCAAAGAGGCAUUCAUGUAAACGUGUGAAUAUAUGGGGGCUGCUUUGCGAUUGGGCCAAACUGUCAAACUAACUGAACACAGAAUUGCUAUCUUUUAUAUAUUUUAUAAGUAUUUGAGUCUCCUAUCGUUGUGAGUAUUUCCUCUCUUUUUGAAUCUUGAAAUAUUAAAGUCAGCUUUGCACAGCUUGUUUUUUGA